CACUUCCUGCAGUGUGCAGCAUGAUGGCGGUGUCCAUGACAGACCUGCCACACUGACUCCGACUGCAGCCUCACUUCAUUACUUCUCUUUAUUAACUCGAACCCGGUGGUUUCGUCGGUGGACGUCGGUGUAAAUCCCCCGCAGGGAGCCGCAGAUCAUGGCUCUUCACAGACUCAGCUUCAGGCUGCGGCAAACGGUUUGUCAUGUCAGGACUCUCCAUACGAGUGGUUGUGGGCGGCAGCAGGAAGCUGUGGUUGAAGAACCAGAACCAGAACCAGCACCCUUCUCAGUCUUCAGAACACAGGAGAAUGAUCCGGCCUGUCAGUCAGAGAAACACUUCGGACAGUUUUACACUCUGCCUUCUGCUCACAUCGGCACUAUGUUUCCUAAAGGACUCCCGUAUCGCUAUCAGCAGCAGAUGAAGACGUUCAACGAAGCCUGCGUCAUGGUGCGGCCGCCGGCGCUGGAGGUCAUCUCCUACCUGAAGAAAGCCGACUACAGCAAACCUGCUCUGCGAUAUUUGUUCUAUGGUCUGAAGGGCAGCGGGAAGACCAUGUCUCUGUGCCACACCAUUCACUUCUGCUACGCUCAGGGCUGGCUGGUGCUGCACAUUCCUGAUGCUCAUCUGUGGGUGAAGAACUGCAGAGAGCUGCUGCCUUCGUCGUAUAACACCGCUCGCUUCGACCAGCCGCUACAAGCCACGGCGUGGCUGCGCAGCUUCAGAACCAGCAACGAACGCUUCCUCUCACAGCUGAAGACGACGCAGCGCUACAUUUGGACGAAGAGGGAGUUCACCGAAGAAGACCGUCCGCUGGGAGAGCUGGUGGAUCAGGGGAUCUCUCGAGUGAAGAGCAGCAGCGACGUGGUGGGGGCGGUGAUGAAGGAGCUGAGGCUGCAGAGCGGCCAGCCGGGGGCUCACUUCCGCCUGGCCGUGGUCGUGGACGGAGUCAACGCCCUGUGGGGAAGGUCCACCAUCAAGAAGGAGAAUCACAGCAACGUGGAACCAGAGGAGCUCACUUUGAUCCACAACCUGAAGAAGCUCGUGAGGAACGACUGGACCGGAGGCGCCAUCAUCACCACUCUGUCCCAGACUGGGUCUCUCUUCACGCCAAAAUCUGCCUACCUGCCUCAGGAGCUGCUCGGAGAGACGGGGUUCGACAGCAUGGACCCGUUCAUCCCGGUGUCGGUGCCCAACUAUAGCGAGAAGGAGUUUGAGAGCUGCUACCUUUACUACAUGGACCGACACUGGCUGCAGCAUGCGCAGAGUCGAACAGAAGACGGGAAGAAAGAACUCGUGUUUCUGAGCAACAGGAAUCCGGCGAUGUUGGAGAAGCUCUGCAGUUUCCUGUAAAGAUUUAACUGUCACACAAAUGUCCCACAUAAAUAGUAAUAUUACUGAAAUACGCCAACAUGCAAACGUCCGUAAAAUGUGUAAAUUAUGAUGCAUGAGUGUUGCUUUGAUAAUAAAAAGUUAAAAACGUGAA